AUGGCUUUAUUUGAAGUUGUUGUUAGUUUUGCUGAAGUAUCCUUCGAUGAAGUGGCUGAUUGGGCUGAUAAAAGACUUGACAAAACUUUAGGCAUAGAUGAAAGUGGUGAGCCAAAAUUAAUUGCCGAAGCCUUUGCUGCUGCUAUGUACAAUAGAAAAAUAAUAAAUACCCAGAACAAUCCACGUCGAGCAAUAAGUGAACCACCAACAGAUGAUCCAAAACCACAUCAAGCUGCAAGAGUUCAAAGUCUUCAGUUCAAUAAAUAUUUCUAUGUUAAAUCCAUUUCUAUUACUGGUGAUGCUGCGGGUCCAACUAUAGUUCCGAUUAAUUCUCCAUUUAUUGUGUCUGACAUGAAGGCUUUUCGCAAUUUUGCUCGUUCUCUCAUCUUUGAACCUAAUGUUGUAUGGCAUUUAAAAGCUGAAGCUACUGUACGACCUAUAUCACGUCAUAUGCUUUCUUAUUCGAAGAUUCCAUUUAAUAAAGAAGUUACGUUGGAUGCUUUAAAUCGUCUUCCUAAUGUAAGCAUUGUUUCAAUUAGUUUAAAACGAUCAGAUGCAUAUCGAGUACUUAUCGAUCUUAUUAUCAAAAUUACUAAUCCAUCUAUAUUCAGUCAAUUAUAUUUUUCUUUACAAUACAACAAUUGGUCUAUUGGUCAUGUUGAAUCAACUAGUAACAAUAUUACGAUUCAUCCAAGUGAAAAUGCUAUACAAUUUUUCGGCGAAUUACAAUCUGCAUCAUCAGAAUCUUAUAAUGCUCUUUCUAUUGUCAUUCAAAAUUUUCUUACGGGUCAAACAAGUAAUGUUGAAGCAUUAGCUGGUCCAAAUGCUACAUCAUAUCCUCUCCUCGCAGUUGGUAUAAUAGGUCUUUCUUUAAAUGUUCAUAUGCCUCCAUUUAAGGAACAACUUAUUGCUUCAUUAAUAUUUAAUUCUAUGUCUCUUAUUCCGUCGACAAAUAAGAAAAAAGUAAUGCUUUCAGCUUCAAUUACUAUUAAAAUAAAUUCACCUCUUGGUCCAAAAUCUCCACUUAAUAUCCAAAAAAUGGAUAUGAGUGUUUUUCUUCUCUAUGAAAAUGAUUCUGUUGGAAUACUUAAUGUUUCUCAAGCGCCAGUUAAACAACUAGAUGAAAUAACAUACCAAUCGCAAUUUAAUACGAAAUAUUUAAGUCUUACUGAUACAGGUGCUGCUAAUAAAACACAUCCAAUUGAUUUUCGUAUUGUUGGUGUGGCAUCUAUCGUUGGUUCAUUUGCUCUUGGUCCUUUGAAUAUUGAUCAACUGCUUAUAGAAAAUAACGUACCUUUAGUAGGUCUUGACAGCCUCAACGAUGUUCAUGUUGAUGAAAUUUCUGUUGAUAGAACACAAGGAGCUGCUCUUUGA